AUGCUUCAACAGUGUCUUGCCUGUAAUGCUUUGGUAAGUUUCAUUGCCUGAACAUAAAUGUCAUGGUAAAUUAUUUAAUUUUCGUUCUUUAGUUAAGUACGGAAGUCGAUCAAGUGAAGGCCCAGCUUACCAGCCGAGGUUAUCUGAGCCAAAACAUCAUGUUCUAAAUGAGGACAUACUUAAAACAUUUGCCGAUAGUCUCGCUCGCUUAGCCUAGUCUUUUCAAAUUUUGUGGCUUCAAACAUGCUAAAAACGACUAAAAACCUCAAGAAAACUUGUUUACUUUCAACCAUAUUAAUUUGUCAGUUGUAUUUCUCGGAAUUUUAAGCAUCCAUGUAAACUAGAAACAUUGCUCCUGGGUGACGGACCUUAUAAAGUAGAAUAUCAGUUUCUUAAAGGAAAUUGGAAGUCGAUGACUUAAAGUGAGUACCCCAAACUAUGCCACUGCGGAUGCACAUAGGGGUGAUCAGAAGGAAGACUUCAUAAACAUAAUUAUACCCAAAACCACAGAACUGACCGAGCACCUAGAAACAAAUGUUGGGUGCGAUUUCAAUUUGUGGUAGAAUUAAGUCAUACUUUUUAGAACCUGUUCAUAAACGUAAGUUUAUAUUCGGCUAAAGUUAUGACAUUAACAGAGGGGUGGCGAAACUUCACGUAAAAAACUAACUGAAUAUUUUCGACAUAUAAGUCUUGAUUAUUCUCCCACCGUGUGUCACGAGAAAAGUAUCGUUAAUUCCAAUAAAAGUACAAUUUUAAAGCUUGAAAAUGUUCUUUUUUGAUCAAAGGAGUAAGUUUCACGAAGAUUUAGUACCGUGCGUGAACAUCCCACAGAAGUGUUAUAUAUUUUAGAAUAAUUUUACUGAUGUUACUAAAAGUAAGCUUUUGUGGGUGAAAAUACUGUUACAGGACGUGUACGUAUGAAUAAAAGACGGCUUUGAAGGUAGUGGACUGAAAGUAAACAUACACUCGGGAGGGUGUUCUUAUGCUUACCUCGAGAAAGAAUUAAGUCUUUGUAGUGAUGUCACUGAACUGGUUGUAACUGGCGGCUGAUUUGUGCAUCAGCGAGCACACGUACCCUUCAGGAUUGGAUUCUAGUGUAGUUUAUACGACAUUAGUUUAAAGAAUUCUCGCCUUCCCGGCUUCAACAUAUAAACAAUAUCAUAAUUUCAUUACAGAUCACCGGGUCAUCAAGAUCUUGUGUUUGUGGUCAUGUGCUCGAAGAUGCCACCCGUUUUAUUGAAGGAAAACGAUUUUCAGGUAACAGUAAAAAAAAAAUUUUUUUUAUAGUGUUAAAGCGGAACUCCAGCUUAGAAAUUAAAAGUUAAGCUUGAGGUCAUGGCUGAGCUCGAGGGUUCAGUUUCUGUCGAUUCUUUAAAGAAAGUCAGUCAGUGAUGAAUUCUAUCAAAAAAAAAUAUUGGGGAAAACUCCUUGGAUCACCUCUCCGAAAGUACUUAUUGACAUCUCAGUCAGUAUGUCACAUAUGGAAAAUUUAUGUGGGACGUUCAAAAUCUUCGUGUUGUCUCGAGGCUUUUGUACUCACUGAAACUUAAUAGACAAUUACCAUUUCGUGGAUUUAGCGGGGUGGGUGAACCGAGGGGCGCUCCCCCUUCUUCUAUUCUUUGUGUCUGAAAUUCUGCACAAUUUCUAAAUAAUUCUGAGCUCUAAAAGCCUGUUUUCCAAAUAAUAUAACUGGUACAAAAAACAGCCUCGCCCCUCUUUCAGAAUUUUCUGGAUCCGCCUUGAUUCAUGGUCGGCGUCUAAGGUACACUAGAAUGAAUAAAAAAGGAGCUGUUGCAAAACGGUAACAAACUACAGCGUAACUGAACUUAACUAUAAAUCAGUACAUUAGAAAAGUAUCCAUGCUUGGCCACUAAUGCUUGAGUUACAUACUAGGUAUGAUUUAAAAGAAAUCUCAAUAUACACUUUCGGAGAAGAUUUGGGUGCUUAAACAUUACCUCUUAUUUCCAUAACUGACCGCAGCAACUGGUAGCGACCGACUAUAUUCCUCUCGUGGACGAGAAAUGUAACCGCUCUUGUUUAUCUGUGACCUGAAAACCGCAUUUUGUUGUUCUUUGAACUUACUAGAAUAUCGUGCCAUGCUCUACUCCCGUCUGGAAAAUAGGAGAAUGAAAAACAAAGAAGCGAAAGAGAACACAAAAGAAAGGCCGAGAAAGCAACUGCAGCCUCUCAGAGAACUCAAGGUACGUGUUAGACCCAUGUUGGUCGAUAGUAGUUUUUUUAAAACUAGGCGAUACUCUUUGUUGUUCGUUUUAGCAUUAAUACACUCAGUGGCUUAACUAUGAAUCUCUCUUGUUACGUUUUAAGUAUAAAGACUUAAUGACGGAUCACUAAGCAGUUCAUCUUGAACUGGACGAACUGAAUAAAUGACGGAGUCGGCAAAUCAGAUAUCAAUAAAUAAGCCAUUUCCCAUUUACUCAGUCAGAUUAUAUUUUCACAGAAUCAAAUGCCGGCUGUUUUAACAGAGCAUCCUACCUUCAAACCCACAAGAAAACGGCGAUCAAAAGUAUCAAGAGCUACAAACAAAACGCCGAAAAAAAGAAAAGAAUUAUCUCAGGUCUUAAAACAGCCUCGUCAGCAGUCUAGUGCUGUGCCACAAGAACUCUUGACAAGAUUUCCAAGUGCCCUUCAAAGAAUUAACCAAAAGAUAAUGGCACAGAAUAUGGUUUGGUUAGCCUUGCAAUUGGAGUGA